GUACCUGUGUCGUUGCACAACACCCUCCGGCAAUGCACCAACUCAUCAUCAGUCAUACUCUGGCGAAGGAACAAUCAUCACAUCAUGAACAACUGUCUCGGCUCAAAUUCGCGGCUCACGGAUCAAUGUGCUUGGUCCAGAACUUUGGGAACCAUGACCCCGACAGCUUCUGGCUUGGCAUGCGACGGACUGCUGCUCUGGGCCUAGUGGACGCCUCUCGGUAG